AUGGCACGUGGCACGUGUGGGCCUGAAGUACGCGAGUGACAAAGCGCACGAAAUGUUGUUGUUGAGGUCUUUGCACGUGAUGAUAAAAAGAGAUCCUCACGUGCCCAUAAAAAAACUGUAAAAGACUAAUUGGUUUAACCGGACAGGAAAGUUAUGAUGCGCCUUCAAUAAUUUAAUGAUAUAUUCCUAAGUCGUAGGCAGAAUGCCUAAAUUGUUCAUAGUCAGAGGACUAAGCAAAUGGCCGGAGUAGAAACUAUGCUUCCUAAAUUUAAUAUCAAUUCUUCAAGAAGAAACUUCAAAACUUACAUUUUUGCCCCAGUCGAGUCUGGGCUCACUACGGACACAUUCAGCAGCAAAACUGCUUCUCCGUCCUGGAUUCUCGGAAAAUUAAGUGUUUCCGGGGCUAUGUUCACUCGAAUCUGUUCAGAUUUGUAAUACAAACUAUUUUUUUUAAGUCUAUUAGAAAACUCACAUGAAUAAACGACGAUAGUCUUUAUGUAUAACAGCCCCAAUUUCAUGUGCUUGCAAAUUAAAGCCGUAAACAUAGCCUAAGGAACUUUUCUCCUAGAAGCAAAUUGCUCCUUGAACAAAUAUUAUGAUAUUAUAAUUCUUGACAUCCCAAAUCCUAACCUACACAAUUUGUUACGGCCAGUGUUUUGAGUGUUGCUUAAAGUCAUGUUAAAUCAAUAGGAGUGCGUAUGUGUGAUCUAGUUUGACAUUAAUAUUUUGCAUAAAAAUAGAAGUACAUUAAUGUUGGCUUUCUAAAACUAUGGGGUGUUGAGCCCCGAAUCUUCACAUACCGGUUAAAACCGCCUUUAGGUAGCCUCCCUAACCUUGGCUUUAAAAAUAAACGCCUUGUAAACAAAACUCCGUGACGUAGUGAAUAUACCAAAUACUGUGCACUCAUUGGAUGAGAGCUGUGGACCUAGCCGCCAAAGGAGGUAAACAUUGAUUCUAGAACUUCGAGAGAUGCAUUCAUUUCUUCGAUUUAACUAUUUUUCCCUUUGAAAUAGUUUGACUUUUGGAGAAACAUAGACUGUACCGAUAAAAACUCUUGACAUUGCAUGCAGAAAGAGAUGCAAACUGUGUAAAUGGCAGUGAAAAAUACAUUGUGUAUAUUUGUGCCAAAGGCAGGGUUCAGCGUGACGUCAUAAUCGCCUUUGCAAUCUAAGGAUUGCAAUAACAAAUAAUUUGUUUCGACUGUUUUGAGAAAGUAACUUGGAAAUAGAAAAUGUUUUCCAGAAUAUCGAGAAGUUUGUGUUCUCAGGCUCCAUGAAUCAGCGACAAUGUAUCAGAAAUUGCCCCGUGUUAACUCAGCGAUGCAAAUACCACAGAUGCCUUGCAAUAUGGAACAUUCAAUAAUUUGAUCCGGAAACAAUUGAACUGAUUAUGAUAAUUUAUGAAAAUUUAUUCUACGCACGUUUCAUGGUGUUGAAGUCACGGGAAAGUGAACCACUUCGUUCAUUAGAAACCAUCACGCGAAGAAGGGAUAAUCGAGCCAUAGAGCGAUAAGAGUUUACUUUUACAAAAAGAAGCGAUUUUGUAAGUGUGGACAUACUUUCUUUAUGUUAAAGAUUUGUUUAUAUCGCCUGGCGAAGGAAAAGAGAAAAAGUUUGUUUUUCGACGAUGGAUGGGUGAUUUUACAAAUGAAAAUCAAUCUGCAACCUGCGUUUAACAUGGCGGCUGUGUGUCUUCUUCGCUCCAUAGGAAUCGCUGCAAAUUGAUUCUCCAAAGGAACGGAUUCCACGAGCAGUUUUAACUCGUCGUUAUUGAAUCCUUUAGCACUACCAAGUGAAGAAGGUUUAUUGUGCAUUCCUCGGCAGGGCUUCGAGAUUGUGCGGCAACUUUCCAAACGGGAUACAAGAACGACUUCUAAUCAGAGACACGACAAGGAGAAAGAGAAGUUAUCAACAUUUGGUAAAAUGGCUUCCAAGACCCUCAGAAACAGGUACCAAACAUUUCAUUUUACACUUUAAGUGUUAAUUUUCUAAUUGUGUCUAUUGAAUGGUGCUUCUCAAGGGAUUUAACGCGCCUUGAAAAUCACCAAACAAAGGUUCGAGACACAUUCGAGAGCGGAAGGAUUAUAACCCCCUUGUCACAGCUGACUUCUUUUGCCUUUUACGCAAUCAAAAAUUCGAAAAUAAAAUCUAGUUUAGCGGCCAUUUUCAGCCGCUCUAGAACAUUUACAUCGCACGCUUGUCGCAUUGGGUUCGUUCUGUCUUUGCAAAAGGUUUUUUUAGCGAUGGAGUCCUAACCCACAUUAUCCUAAGUCUUUCGUGACUUCAGCGUAUGUAGCACCUAAUUUACCUGUUUGAUGCACAAGUUUCUCGACUAAACAGGAAAAAAAAAGAUGAAUCGCGAUAUUAUAUUUAGCACAAAAGUACUGAUUUAAAAAUACUUGUAGCUUAAGCGUUGCGAACGAAAGAUUUCUCAAUGGGAGAAAUGGAGUGCAAACGUUUUUGACAUAUGCCUCAGUAGAGUAGUUGCAUCAGCUACGUAAGGAUUAAUGGCGAGCAUCAAAAGAUCUCCGUGAUCGAGCUACUGGCUAGAAACUGUUAAUUAUUCCCAACCUCUUUAAAUGGCUUAGAUAUAGAGUACAUACCAGUCGUACAAUAUGUACUGUUUUAGAGGCCUUUAGUUAGAGUUAUCUUUCAUUAUUGCAUGAAGGCAAAUGACACUUGCCAUCAAGCUUUACUAGAAAUAUUCGUUUGAUUUUCACAAGAAUACUUCUAGCUGUUCUGAAAAAAAGGUUAAAAAGUCUUUUCCAACGUGUGAAAGUGGUUCUUGGAGCACAAAUGUUAUGCGCAAGAAUAACAAAUCUUGAAAACGCGAAAUAAAGCAUUUGAUCCUUUUGUAAGGUUAUCCUUUUAUUGUAAUAUUAUCUGAAAUGCCGUGUUGCUUUCACAAAGAUCCAUUUCAUACAUUUUGAAAAGCUUCUAUUGAACUGCUGAAUGUCAUACACUGAUUGUAUGGUUAUGCAAGCAGCUCUUUUGUCAUCAUUUCUUGCAAAACCGUGUUUACAUAUAGAAAAAGAAAUUUGUCUCCUCUUGCUGUAUUUUUGUUUUGUUUUUUUUAACAUAAUGAUGUGCAAUGAUUCACAUUUGAAAAGGGGAUUAAACCUCACCUCUGUAGAAUAUGUACUCUGAUCUUGUCAGCCCUAGAAAGUGACACUAAAUAUUACUUGUUAUGACAUCAAACAAAGUUGAUCCGUUUUUUUGACCAUUUUUUUUAAAAUUAAUUUUUGGUUAAUUUUAAGAGCAAAUGAUAAAAAUAUCAGUGCUCUUUUUACCAACGAAGCAGCUUAAUUCAAGGUGCCGCACAGAAUUGUCCCCCAUUAAUAAUUUAGAGUGCCACAAACUGUGAGUAAACAACAGCCGCAAUUUUAGCAAAUAAUUUGUUGUCAGUAAUUUUAACAUGUUAUUUGUGGUUACAACAUCCAAUUUUAUUUCCUUACUUGUCUCAAUUAUUGUUUUUGACAAAAAAUGUCAUGAAAGUAGUAUGCCUGUUUUCUUGUGUUCUUAUUUUGUCAAACAAAUUUUUUGAUGCUUUUAGUAACUAUUCAAAAUUGAUAUGCCCAAAAUUUUACUGAAAUGUUUAAUUAUUCAACAAUUACUCGUGAUAAAUACCAGGUGUAAUCAUAACAAAAAAUAUGACUGCUAUUUAAAGGACUACUUUUUGUGUCAGCUUCUGUAUCUAAAGGAUAAAAAACAGCAUAGUCAAAGUGCAUUUGCUGAUUUACAUCAUUGUUUUGUACUUUGAAUAUUUUGCAUUUUUGCAUGACUAUUUCAGGGGUGCCCACUUGGAAAUAAUGCAGAUCUUGGGGCCUUUAAUGUGAAAUGUUUAGUGCUGGCAUUGAAGUCAUGCCAUUUUUUCCACAACAGAUUUUUUAUUUUAGGAAUUUCUGGAUAAAUAGUCAUUUUUUGUUGAUGGUCAGUUAUUUACUGCAGUUUACUACUGGAGUUUUCUAGAAGGAGAAUUAUGAACCAUGAGACCAUAAAAUGAUAUGCUAUUUGGAAAGUACUGCUUCAAUUGUAGCUUUAGUUGCAACUUUCAGUAGCUUUCAGAGAAGCUAGUAGAACAGUGGUUGUUGUGAGAGAGCACUUCAAAAACAAACUAAGACAGAGAAAGUUUCAGUUGGUGUAAGAUUGAUUGAUCAAGUCUGGUUAAGGAAGGAAAGGUGAGAAGAUUUUAUGCCUUCAAUGAGCAAACCUGAAAAUCUUUUGGUUUUGAAAAUUUCAGACAAUUCAAUGAGAUAUUGAGCAUGUAACAGGAACUUGUACUGGGGAGCUAUACCAGCCACUGCUGGAUGCAUUAACGUUAAUACUUUUGAGAUUUCACAGAUAAAGGCAUUAGUAUAUUGAUCACUGGCUGGUAGCUGUACAGUCAUUAGUACUGUCACCAAAAAGCUCUUAGUCAUACUUGUGUUAUAUAACAUGAGUAUUAUUCACGUAAUAUAACAUCCAAAUUGCUUGUGUGUAAAUAUUUAUAUAUAAAAUGACAAACUAAGUGACAGUUGUAGAGGAAAUGUUUGUUAUGAAUAGUAAUGGCUACUGAACAAUGAUGAUAGGAGGUGAACUCUAUAAUUCUAUUGGAAAGACAAAGCUAGGGUUGUCUGUCAAAGCUGACAGAAUCUCAAGUGUGAGCAUUUUUCAUGUUAAUAAGUAUUUAUUGUUAUUCAAAGAAAAUGGCUCUUGUGCUGCUGACAUUCAUCACAUUAUUUUAUUCUUGUGCUAAAAUUCUGCCAGUAUUUAAUCAUUGAAUGAUAGAAGGGUACUUUUGAUGGAAUUUUUUUGGGUAAAAAAAAAAAAACCGUGUUCUGAAUUUUUGGUUAAGUUGUUGUACAGAUUACAAGUGUGUUAGCUUAUCAAAACGCAGAAUAUCCAGCUGAAGAGUAGCAGAACUUUACUACUGCUACUACUACUGCUACAUAAUAGGACUGACUGAGGUCCAAUUCAGUCUUUUAUCACCUGAGUGAAUUACCAAAAUCAGAUUAAACAAAGUCAGAAGUGUGCACAGUGGGAGUCCAGUGUGUCUCAUGAUCAUUAGCCUAUGAUUACAGACUGCGAAAGUUCUGUUACUAAUUAAUCAUGCCAAACAAUGUUUAAGAUAAUAAUUUGUAACAAUUUCAAUUUUUAAUGGAAAGACAAGAACUUCUGAGAGUUUUUUUGCAGAAGAACCCAUUCAAGACCAAUUGAUCUAUUGUAGCAUUCACAACGGUGCGAACUGUCCAAUCACUAAGGCAUGAUAUGUGCUGUCCUAUUGCACUGUGCUACCCAUGCUAAAAUAGCAGGGUUGCCAAUAACCAAUCAGAUUGGAGAAUUCUGUUAUUGUCAUGAUUAUAUAAUUUUAUAACAUUAGAGGUGUGGUCUAGUGAUUAACAUUCAGUCUUCUAGGAUAUGUAAGGCCAUGCAGAUUCAAUCCUUUCUUUUAUGUUAUUUCAUUAGAAAAGAAACUUUGUUCUCAUUAAUCUUUCUCCACCCAGGUCUAUAAAUGAGUGCCUAUGAUAUAUUUCUAGGGGGUAACCCUGCAAAAGACUAGCUUCCCAUCUGGGGGUGGGGAGGGUGGGUAGUGAUUCAUUACGGAACGGCGCCUGUAGAUCCGUGUUGCCCGCAAAAUCGCGGGUCUCAUGACUAUUUGCGCGCUCACAAAGGGAGCCGACGCAUGUCGCGUCCUUUGAUUCAAGACUCAAGUGUUAGGGUAUUGUUUCCACGAUACAAAGGUAAUUUAACUUAAGAAAAUCUAUAGAUCGAAGCUUUCGCGCUACUCUCUCUUUUAUAAGGAAAUGCAAACGCUCAACUUGAUAAAUAUUUUGACUUCAUAACAUAUUUGAACGAUUUAGGCCAGCAGAAUGUAUAGAAUUCUAGGAAAACAAUUCAGGAAGCCGAACGGUUUUGAACGGCGCUAGACGUUAUUUUUAUCAGUAUGCAAAUCACCUACCCAAUCACUUACUUUCCAUCGAAUUGAAAUAUCCUGACUUUUUUUUACCACUUUUCGAUUUGAUUCGUUUCAUUUUAUAUCAUUUUGUGCAAGCUGAGCUCUUUCAUGCGAAUUUACGCUUUCAAAAGGAAAAAAAACUUUGAGGAAACGUUGUGUUUACAACCACGGCAAUUUGUAUCUAUUUCGCUUCACUCACGCUUACAUGCAAAUUACUGUUCAUCCGCCGGAUUUCGCUGGAGACAAAAAUAUCGAUAUUGAAUUCCCAAAUGCUUGCCUUUUAGGGCACCCCUUUUAUUUUGGCUAUCAAGAUUUUAAAAGCUAAGCUUCAGACUUUUUAUUCCAACGUUUUAAUGCGGGAAAGCUAGGAGAAAUGCUCCAACUGAUUUAAGUCACGCAACACGCUUUAAGACCGCAUAACUUGAUCUCUCUGUUAUCUUUUGUUCUUCUAUUGUCUCCAAAACAAUAACGAUGUUUUACCAAUUUCCACCUACAAAUAAUAGGACACAUUUGAUUGACAGAAAAAUUUGCAUUUACUAGCGACGCGUAUCUACAGGCGCGAUUCCGUAAUGUCUUGUAGGUGCUUCAUGGUAUUGAAGUGGGCAUGGGCCUCACUGGCUUUAGGUAUACCUUUACCUUACCCUCUUAUCUUAGUAAUAUUUUAAUUAAGAUUCUCAUAGUCUUUGAUCUGGGCUGAGCAACUUCUAUAAACGGUACAUUAGUAGUAGAAUGUAGUUCUUUUCAUAGUGUAAGAGCUAAUCAGGUAUCCUUAAUUAACUUCAUUGACAGUGAAUUUCAAAAGAAGAGACGAUCACGAGAUGCUGCGAGAUCAAGAAGAGGACAACAAAAUGAUGAGUUUGUCGAGCUGGCCAAUCAGCUUCCGUUACCACCUGGCUUGUCAUCUCAGCUUGACAGGCUCUGCAUCAUGCGACUUGUUAACAGCUACAUUAAAGUAAAAAACCUUCUUCACUCAUAUGUCUCAGAAGGUGAGGGGUUUUCCUGGCUUGUUAGACUUGAUUCUUGGUACUUCCAGAGUUAUUAACAAAAGCAUUAAUUGGAGCAAUUUUGCAGUUGUAUUAUUGUCUCUGAACAUAAUCCUUUGGGUAGAGCAAUAAGAUUCACGUUUUAGCAUGGCAGUGUUCUAGCAGUGCACGGCGACCCCUGGGGAUUAACAGUUGCCUUUAGGUAACAAGGAAACUUAAUCUUUCCACAAAAAGUAUAAGACAACCUAGACUUAUUUUAUGGCUUUAGAGCUUUUGCAGUUCUUACACCAUUCCUUUUGAGACAUUGGAUCCCUAUGCCAGUGUUUGUUUUUUUAGUAUUAUUACAGCUGUGGAUAAAGAGUCUGAGAUUAGUCGGCCAUUCAGCUAUAGAUAAAGAGUCUGAGAUUAGUCUGCUAUUUACCACUCUAAAAAGGGUUAAGAUAACAUUAAAUUCUAUAGUUUUGAAUUCAAUUUCCUUCAGGAGAUAAAACUGUAAAAAAAAUUAAUGAAUAAUAUUUUUAUUAUAAACACUCAUAUUAAAAUUGCCAAUUAACCUUUGUUAUGUUUUCAGACAUGAAGAAGAUUGUUUCUUUCAAUGUGGCUGACAGUCCACAAUAUGAGAAAUCUGCACUUCAGGUUAGCUGUCUUGUUGUGCAAUUUAUUGUAAAUGUAUUAAUUUGUAUUUCACUGUGGCUUAGGUAUUUUCAAAAUCAAGCAGCAAAUCUUGAGAAUUUAGAAACCAAUCUUCAAAGAGGAAUUACAAUUCAAAGAAAAGUUUCUGCCAAAAAAAAAUACGGUUGUUCUGUACAGCAUUGACUCUUAAUUGAGGUUUUCUGUUGGUAACAUUUUUGUUGGAUGGUUUAAUAUGUCCCAAGCGGAACUACUUUGUAUAAAUAAAGUGGACAAGAAAAGAAAGGCCUGAAUGACUUUUGAUCUUAUUUUAAAAUCUCCUGAUGUCUCAUAAGGAAAAGUAAAGUAACAUUUAACAGGGGUCACUUAAAGUUUCUUUGGUGACACCCCAAUAAAGCUGAUAUGAGGCAUCUGCUGAUGAUGCUGCAACUAAAUAAUGUAUGGUAGACCCGAUCAUUCAGGAUGUUAACAUUAGAGUCCAGUUUGGGCUUGAGUGAAGUCUUUUUAUUAGUCAUUAACUGGGAUGAAAUUAGAGGAUUGACAACAGCAUUCUGGGUGGGGAAUUAAAUUGGAAUAGGGUGGGGAUUUUGGGAGUUGAAACCAAGAUUUUCAUGGCAAAUUGCCACUGAUUGCAGUCUGGUAAUAAUGAAGGGUUUUAAGGCUUAAAGCUGUUUGUUGUUCUUUAUUUUAGGCACUAGAUGGCUUUGUUUUUGUUGUCACUCCUGAUGGUCAGUGCAUUUAUGUAUCUGAUAACAUCACUCAUUACAUGGGACUCUCUCAGGUAAACACCUACUACUUUUGAAAUGAUUUUUAAGCUUUUUAUGUUUUCAUCUCCAAGGUAGAAGAAUGUGUUAUGUCACAGUCUUUGUAACACUUUGUUUACCCUAGAUCUCUUUAAAAGUGAAAGGCUCUGAAACAAGCUUUAAAUAGCUGAAAGUAAACAAUGACAGCAUUAUUGCUCUGUAAGUCCAAGUAGACAUCAGUAGAUAAGUUGUGGAGGUAGGUUUGGAAGGGGGUGGGGGGUUACCCACCCUCCUUCAGGGGUGAAAUAAGCAUACUUAGCAAGGAGGAAAAGUUUGAAAAUUAUUGUGUGUGAAAUGUUCAUCCAAAAAUGGUCUGAGCCCAUUUUUUUUUAUCAAACAGAUUGAGGUGACUGGAAACAGUUUCUACAAAUACAUCCACCCAUGUGAUCAUGAAGAACUAGCCAAUCAGCUUGGAGGACAGAUUCCACUUGAAGACAUGGAAAUUUUUGAUGGAUUGUUUUGCUCAGAUUCAGUUUUCAUGAUGAGCAAUCACUUGAAAGGAGGAUCAAAGAACGUCCUUCAUCAGAGUCCUCAUAAGUCAUUCUUCCUGCGCAUGAAAAGCACUUUGACAAGCAGGGGGAAAAGUGUCAACCUUAGAGCAUCCACUUAUAGGGUAAAUAUGAAAUCCAGAUUUACAACAUGUAGUUCUUUCCUUUAAGUAUCCUGAGUUCAGGAUGGUGACCUUGUUGAUGAACAGUAAUGCCUUCCUAAUACAUGUAAAUAUUACUACUUUAUUUAGGGUGCUCAGAAGUUGAAGUCUUAUCCAGAAAUUUUAAAAUCGUAAAUCACAAGAUAUUUCUCUGGCAGUAGAUUAUUUUUUGAAAUUACAGUAGACAGAAUAAAAUAAUAUUAGGUUCUGCAUUUUUUAUUUUUUAAAGGUUGUUCAUUGUACUGGUUGCAUGAAGAUGACAUUCAGAGUAUCUGAAUCAGGAGAGGAGGAACAAGUUCCAUUGUUCAUGGUAGCCAUUGGUGUUCCUCUUAUGUUUUCAUCAACAUUUGAGGUUCCACUUGAUAGAGCAACCUUCACCAGUCGUCACAACCUUGACAUGAAUUUCCUGUCCUGCGAUGAAAGGUUUGUUGUUGCCUUAUUAUCAAAUUAAAUUAUUAUGAUGCGUUAUUUUGGUUCCAUAUUUUUCUGCUAACAUAAACUAUUUAUAUUAUUGUACUGGUGGUACGUUUUUGUUUUUAUUAUUGAGUAAAAGAUAAAAAAAAAAAAUUCGUGAAAAUUAUGAAAUUUUGUGUGUGAUAGAGAGCAGCUGUACUGCUUAUACCUUUGGUGGAUAGUCUAUAAAUACUUCAAUACAUUCGGAUGUCGUUUCUCUAGCGUCAAAUAAAGGGGUGAAAAGUAGCUCUUGGUAAUGUCUGAGUAACUGCUAAGGUUCCCUAACUUUAAAUUGCCUCAUGUUUGCUUGCUAGGCAAGGGAGAAAUAUCAUAUAAGAAUGAAACUCAGUUUGGGACUUUUUUCUAUGCACCCUGUCAUUCAAGAUAAGGACAUUGAAAUAUCAUUUUAUUUAAGACCUUACUUAUAAACUUGUAAAUUAGUACCUUAAAAAGGCGGCAGUAAAAAGGAGGCUAAGAGGAUUUUCAAUAAGAUAUUAAAAAGUAUGAUAUUAUUGUUCUUCUAACAGUGUUGCCAGCCUGUUGGGAUUCAAUCCUGCAGAGAUUGUUGGCAAGUCUUGGUACCAUUUCCAACAUGCCUGCGACUUGGACUCUACCCUGGCCUGUCACAAAACAUGUAAGUUAAAAAACCUUGAUGCCAUUACAGGCAACUCUUUUCUUCUGAAGAACGUUUAGACCACUGCUGUACAUUUGAUUUAUCCAUAAUAAUAAUUAUUGACUCUUGAGCAGAAAGGUUAAACCCUAUGAUCUUAAAGGUCAACAGUAGGUUUUCUACUUUUAUUUCAAGUGUUAAUGUCCUUUAUGUUAUGUUUUUUUACAGUGUUGACCAAGGGACAGUCAGUAAGCAAGUAUUACCGGUUCCUGGUGCGCACUGGAGGCUGGGUGUGGCUACAAACAAAGGCCAAUAUAGUGUAUGACAGCAAGUCUUGCCAGCCGCAGUUUGUACUCUGCACAAACUACAUCAUCUCGUACGUGUUGCCUACUUUUGUGUAGAACUUGACUUGUUUUCUUAAAACUUUGUAUGUAACCAGCACUGCUUAAAAAGUACAUUUUCUUCAAUAUUUAACAUUUUUUGCUGAAUGAAUCCUCGUUGGAUUAAGAAGUUAAAAAACUGUGACCUUGAACUGCGUGAAAAGUGGGAUGACUUUGAGUGAAUAUGCAUAGUGGUUUUCUUACACAAGCUUGAGAGAGGGAACAACGUAAUAUAGUACCAUUGUAUUCCAAUUUUCAUAGACAGGAGUCAGUAUUAAUUUAAACAUGAUCCUCCUUGUUACAAAAACACUCUUUAACAUUCUUUUUGUGGGCCUUUUGUAGGAGGGCAGACCAACCGCAGCACAUCCUCUCCACUGAGCAAGUAAACCCUAUUCCAGCUCCUCUGGGACUGGACUUAGUAGUGAAGAAGGAACAACCCCAAAAACAUGGAACAAGGAGAAAGCAUUCUAUUGUUCUGGAAGAACGAACCAAGGUGCUGAAGGCUGCAGCGCAUGAGCAGAGAGAUGUUGUAGCUAAACAGGAGGUGGACUUGAGCAGCUGUUGUGUGAAGAAAGCUCCCACAAGGAUUGCAAAGAAAACAUGUAAAUGUUUGGAAGAUGUUGACUGUGAACACAUGAAUUUCCAGGUGAGAAGAUGUGAAGUUUAAUAUUAUAGUCAUAAUAAUCAAUAAAAACAGUUAUAUUUUUAUUCAUAAGUAUAAAACAAAGCUAAAAAAAGGAUUUUGAAUAUGGAUUGUUAGGAUUCAAUGUUCUUGUUGUGGUCAAAGUAACUAGUGCUUAAAGCUGGUAAAUUACCGCCUUUUCCUUCCCAAACAGUGUUAUAACAAGGUUAUUUGUCACCCUAAGUUUUGAAUCAGGACAAAAUCCCAUGGAACCUCUUUUGCAGAACUUUAGACAUACAAGUGAAUAAGGAUAUUUUAAGAUUAAAACUGUACUUUGUGUCUUUUUACCUGCUAGAACCUUUAUCGAACAUAAUAAUAUGGUUUUUUUGGCUCUAUAGGAUUGCCUACCAGUAGCAUGGGACACCAAUGAUGACCUCAUUGAACAACAGGAGAAGUACGAACAGAUGCUACGUAGUCACUAUGGUAACAAGCCUGGUACCCCUCCAGGAAGUAGUGUUGGAGAAAACAGAACACCAUUUAUUCCGUCACCAAGUGCUGACCAGAACAUCAGUUCUGACAAAGACAAGGAUGAUGAUGAGGUGGAAAACUACGAUGAACGAGCGCCAUUCAUCCCACUCACAAUUGACUCGGAACUGGAUUGUGAUGAUGAACUACUAGUUGAAAUACCAUUCAUUGAUUCGCCCAUGACGCCAUCACCCUCAUCCUGGCUUCUUAAUGCAGAUGAGAGUAUUCCUUCCCCAGGUAGUGCAUCCACAUUUUUGCCACCAAUUUUAUCGAGCAAAGCUAUCAGACCAACAAGCCUCUCUGCAUCAUCUUCACCAGAGACUGCACGAAAAGGAGUUCCCACAGCUGUGAAGAAAAAUAGUUAUGUCACAAAUGAAAUUCCAUCAAAAGGAAAAGCUUCUUUCCCCUACGUUUCGUCAUGGGAUGCUGAGGUGAAUGCACCUGUUCAGCACUGUGGACUCCUGCAGGGUGAUGAACUUAUUAGAGCUCUUGAGUGUGGAAAUUUCCUGUGAACUGCACACUUAAAACAGGAACGUUUCAGUGGGUGAUUUCAUUGACACCAGUAGUGGUGAUUGGACUUUACAACAAAGCUGCAGUUGUCUUGAAGACAUUGUAGAUAGGUACAUUGUAUACUUGCACUUAGUCAUAAAAUGACUAGAAAAAUUUAGUCAUAAACUGACUAUAAUCUUGUCAGGGAGGACCUAAGAGGGGCCCUGUUGCAUUGUAUAAUAAUUUCCAUACCUAUACCAUACUUACCGUUUAGUUUUGAAGUCAGUCUGGAACGAGUUUUCUUCAGUUGUCAAUGUUAACAUAGUUUAUGGUGUUAAAUUGUAUGCAGUAAAAGCUCAUGUACCAGAACCUAUAUUUUCCAAGGUUAUCCUCAUAAGGCUUUUUUUUUGUAUUUUGCUUCUUGUCUAUUGAGAAUCAAGGCUCCUUUUGCCAAACGUUAGAAAAGGUGCUUGCUGCUGGUCCAAACAUGUUCCAGGUGUCCUUCUAAGUUAAGAGAAACUUAAUAUUAUGUCUAAAAGUAAAUCCUACUAAAUAUAAGGCUACGUCCCUAUUUACCGUAUUCAAGUUUUCCAAAUAGAACCUUUUUGGUGGAACUCGCUCUCAUUUAUAUAGGGUUUUGCCUACAGUUUCUUAAUCACAAGGUUCUCAUAGGUGGGUUUUACUGCAUUGUUGAUGUGCAUGGAGAUGCACUUCAAUGUUUAACAUUUACAGCUAUAUCCCAAUGUCAAAGGAUUUAAAUUCUUCUUUGUUAUCUCCAUUCUUUCAACGCACAGUACAAAUACAUGUAUCAAGAGAAUCCAGCUGUUGAUUCAUGAUUCACAAUACAACAAGGAGAAGAUUGGUUUGAUCCCUGUUAAGAUUGAAAUAGGGUCAUGCAUUUGUUUGUUAAUAUUAAAAUCCAGCAAAAGCAGUCAAGUACAACAGACAAAGAGGGGACCUAGCAAAGGUUCAUGACAAAGAACAAUUAACUGUCCAUGUUUUUAAGAUUGAUUGGAAUUUUUUCCUAGUAUGACUUUAAAUCAGUAUUUCAAACAGUAUUUCAUUAUACAGUGGAACCUUCUCUGGACAACCUCCAAAAAUGUGACAAUUUGCUAGUCACCUUGCAAAAAGUUCUUACAAAUUAUAUUAAUUUUGUAGAUUUGACUGGGAAUAAAAAUUGGGAGUGUUUUGGGUAAUAUUGGUCGCUAAAUAGAAGUGACUCUACCUUGUGAUACAUUAUUGUGUAGUCAUCAAAAUUAAUACUUGUAGGUAGUAACAACAAAAGUUUUACAUCUGGUUUUAUGUAAAAUUAUUUUUUGUCAUUUCAUGGGUAUGAGUAAGGGAGUUAAAUUUAUUUGGUUGUUGUAGGAUCAUGCUGACAUGAGAACAUUUUUUUUUUAGCUUUUAAUAACUGUAAGAGAGUGUUAAUGUGCACAAAAUAUGCUAUUUUUACUCUGUGCUCUUUGUCUUGAGAAUAGGAAGUUCUACUGCCAUAAAACAGGUUUUCUGUUAGUUUAUGAGUAGGCUUAUCUUCUCUUUGUGUUUUUUUUUUCAAACGUUAGUCUUGAUUACUCUUAAGAGUUACUAUUAUACAGCAUUUUUUACAAACGUACACCACACAGUUGCUUUUAUCCUGAAAAAAAAUUUUAUUACCGCCAUGCGCUAUAAACAGAAGUAUAUUUGACUCGUAUUUAACCUCAUACAGAUGUGCUUUGUAAGGAUGUUCUGUUCCAUGGCUGUUUAGUAUACACCUAUUUUGUUAUAACCAUGUUCCUCUAGAGCUUUUUAUUAAGAUUUCACUUUGAUAACAGAAAAUUACAUUAAUGGUCUACUAGCAGUUAAUACUAUUAAUUGAGGUUUUAGCUUUUACUAUGUGUUGUAAUAACAUAAUGCCC